UGGUAAAAAGGUUGGUCUAUGCAGGAUCUACUCCCUUAUGACCGGUGAAUCUCGUCCUGUUUACAAUCUACUCAAGUUCUUUAAUAUUUUUUUCAGUAAAGCAAAAUUAAAAAGAAACCGACAUUUCCUCCCCCAUCACUGUCAUUGAUCUGGCAGCCAUGUUUCUUUACAUUCUAGCCAUUCAUUAUGACUGGAACAUUCAUCCAAAGCUUUGCAGGGUGAAGCCACCUUUAUUAUUGAGCUCCCAAAAAUCUUAGAUUACUGCUGCUCACGAAUUCAUUUAAUCCAAUAGUUACAAUUUACAAUUCAGUAAAAUAAUACUUUUUCAUCAAACUAUUGGUGGACAAGUCUUUGUUUUGCAAUUUUUAAUUGCUUAUUUGAUGAUUUUGCUGCGUUUGCCGGUCACUAAGAUUUUGGCAUCGGGACAACAAAAAGGUGUGCUGUUAUAAAGGAAUUUUGUGAUUAAUUUUUUUUUGGUGGAUUCUUCCCCCUGUGGAUGGUAAGUUUGCCAUCAUCUUCAUCCCACCAGACAAAUAAUUUACAAAAUCUUUGGUGGAUUCUCCCCCCUGUGGACGGUAAGUUUGCCAUUAUCUUCAUCCCACCAGACAAAUAAUUUACCAAAGGGCCUCGCGAGAUUUUCAGUGCUCAAUAAUUUUUGAUUCUUUGAAUUUUGUGAUUAAAAAAACUUUCGGUGGAUUCUUCGAUCUGUGGGCGGUGAGUUUUCCAUCAUCUUCACCCCACCAGACAAUUUGCAAAAAGACAUCGCGAGAUUUUCAGUGCUCAAUAAAUUUUGAUUCUUUGAAAGGAGUUGUCCCAUUAUAUCAUAUGGUUAUAAAUCCACAUGAGUACUAGCUUGAAGCUUGAUGAUUACGCUUCGUCUGCUCCGCUUUUAUGUAUAAAACUCCACUGGAUUGUGUGAAAAGUUAUUGUGUAGGCAUGGAGACGUGUGGUGCAGAGUUUGAUGAGGAAAAUCAAAUUUUUGUUUCAGAGAGCAGUAAAAUUCAGCACAAAAGAAUGAAUAGGAAAAUUGGAAACGUUUCUUGCACUACAUUCAAUAUCCUUGCACCAAUAUACAAGCGCAUCAAUAGUGAGAUCUGUCGGGAAAGCCAGUUCAGGGAACGUUGGUGGAACCGCAAUAAAGGAAUACUUGACAUGCUUCUCAAAAAAGAAUCAUCUGUCAUUUGUUUGCAGGAGUUCUGGGUUGGAAAUGAGGAGCUAGUUGAGAUGUAUGAGCGCGACUUGAAAAAUAAAGGCUAUGCAAUUUAUAAACUUGGUCGUCCCAAGAACCGUGGAGAUGGUCUUCUCACUGCAGUCAAAAAGGAUCGUUUCAGAGUAGUAAAGGUUAAGAAAUUGCUAUUGAAUGACAAUGGAGAUCGUGUAGCGCAGCUAUUACAUGUUCAGUCUGUGCUUCCAUUUCGUCGAAGCCAAAACGGAAUCAUUCAGCAAGACACACUGGUUGUCAACACACACUUGAUGUUUCCUCAUAAUUCAGAUAUUUGCCUUGUUCGUCUCCGCCAGGUAUAUAAGAUCCUGGAGCGCUUGGAAGCCUACAAGGUAGAAUGCAAGCUCCCCUCUGUCCCAAUAAUUCUAUGUGGAGACUGGAAUGGAAGCAAACGUGGACAUGUCUACAAAUUUCUACGUUCUCAAGGCUUUGUUUCAUCCUAUGAUGCUGCUCACCAUUACACAGACAGUGAUGCGGAUGCUCAUAAGUGGGUUAGCCAUCGCAAUCAUCGUGGCAAUAUCUGUGGAGUGGAUUUCAUCUGGCUUCUUAAUCCUAACAAUUAUCGCAAGUCUUUGAAGACGAGCUGGAAUGAAGCUGUAUUUGGAAUUGUAAAGUCUAAAUUGUGGGAGGCUGGUUUGAAAGAUAGAGAUGCAUUCUGCCACUUCAAGUCUGAGAACAGUUCUGUUGAUUAUGUAAAAUUCUCGGAAACUCUGGAUCAGCUUGUCCGCGGUCUUAGUACUGAAGAAAUUGAGGACUUGUGGGCAGCAGUUGAUACCAAUAGAAAUGGAAUUGCUGAUUAUGAGGAGUUUCAGAGAGUGUUGAAUCCUACAGAGCAGUCUGCUGCCCCUGUAUUUAGUAGGCAAUCGGCUACUCAACAUUUAGUUGGAAUCGACAGAAAGCUGCAGGAUGUUGAAAAUCUGCAAGAAUCGGCAUUUGGUUUUGAUGUUAAGAAAGCAUUUCUAUUUCCGCCAGAGGUUGAAAGGGGAAUGUGGCCUGAUAAUUAUGUUCUAUCUGAUCAUGCUCCCUUAACUGUUGAGUUUGCUCCAGUGAGGUUACCAAGGACACACGAAUCUGUGUGUUAAUUCUUUAUCACUGAUGCUAACAACAAUGCUAACUGUUGUAUACAGAAGAUAACACACGAAUGACCCGAUAAUAAUGAAUAUAAGGUUGGGGCAUUUUAAGUGGCUCGACUUGCUUUAAGGUCUUGUACCAUAGUUUCAACAAUGGGGAAUAUCUACCUGUACAUCACACUGAUUCUCUACACAACCUGUGGCAUUCGUUAUGCAGCUGUUGGAAAUUGGGAUUGGAUGUCCAAGAAGUUGAAACUAAUAUCUUGUAACGAUGGGAAGAAUUUUUAAUAUAUUGAGAGCUUGGAAGAAUUUUUUUAUA